AUGAUGGCAGAUCCCAAUUCCACCGAUUACAACCCGACGCCCUUCACCUCUAUGGCGCAGGUGCUCGCCCAUCGCCAGCCUUUGACGGAGGGCAUCGUGCUGGCGCACAAUGACUGCCUCACUUUGGCGCCCUUUCCCAACAGCAAUGGGGGCGUGUGGAUUUCGUCGCCCAAUGUGGAAUUCGUCCCAGAACUUCCCAUGCAUCGUCGAGGCCAACCCCUUCGGUUCUACGCCGAUGGAAUGCUGGGCGCCUUCGAACAUGUCAAGUGGCCGCAAGUCUUCGAUGAGCAGGAGCCGCACACCCUGGCGGCGCCGGGGAACCCGGACCUGAUGUUCAAUCUCAAAUUCCAGGAAAAUCCAUUGCUCGACUUGAAGUGCACGCUACCGGAUUUCCAGCAUCCGGCCAUCGCCUGGGAAGGCCUCGAGGACUCCGACUUUGUUGUGUCUCUUCACCUGCCCCACGAGGACGUCGGUUUCCUGGCUCCACCCCUACACGGACGCUUGUGGUCAGCGGCCAACGAAAUCAUUGUGAUGGUGCUUAAGGUGGUGGAUACGGAGCUGGACAGCAUGUUUGCACACCGAAGUGAUCGAGAGCAGUACACGGAGCGCCGCAAACAUUAUGUUCUGCGGGAAAUUGACUACCUUCGACGCGCUUGCUCUCGUCUUCAAGAGACCCCCAUGUCUUACUUCGACGUGGUGUUGUGGUAUCGAGACACCCAACGCCUCAUUCUCGGAUUGCGUGCGUGGUUAAUCUACAUGACGAUUAUCAAGCCACGCCUGGACAACCCGGAGUUUGCAGACUAUGACAACGUACUGCCGCUCCGAGGGGUGUUCACGAAAAAAGAAUCAAUCGUGCACACCAUGCACCGGUGUGGAGUGCCAGUGUGGUGGGUGCGCCCUUUGCACACCCUCACGACACGGACGACCAUUAUUCGUGUUCAUGAGCCGAUCUUGCCGAUCAUCCAUUUCAGCUCGGAGACGGUGAUGUCUCAUCGUGGUCGCCAGUUGGUUGCACCGGACUUCAUUGAGGCCAAGAUUCUCGAUGAAAGUUUACAGGGUUUCGGGGACAUGCUUCGCCGAUACAGCCUCACAGGCAAGCCAACCGUUCGACGCGCCGUUCCUGUUCUUGAGGUCGAUCGUCAAGGACUAGAGGAUCACAUGAUAGAAGAAGAUACGGAGGCUGGGAUGGCUGAGAUCCAGCGAGAUGACCAUGUGGCCGGGGGCUCUCCAAGUGACUCCCGAAAGAAGAGAAAGGGCCCCCGAAAAGGGCACCGGCGAGCCCCUCAAGCCACACGUCCGCCGGGCAACCGCCCGCAUUGGAUGUGUGAAGUAGCGAGUCCAUGGAACGUCAUUCUGGACGCGGCACCCGCACUGGCCAAACCGGAUUCGAAGCGAGCCCUCACGUACAUACUCCCUCCCUUGCAUCUGUUCUUUGCCGAAGGCGACGCGCAUGCCCAGAAGGUCCAGAACUGGCUGCGCAUACGGGAAUGGUGCCUGUUUAAGGCUUAUGCCAAUGUGGACCAGGCACCAGUGUUGAUGACAGCCGCGCAAUGGCGUAUUGCGCUGGAGGGACGGUACUUUGCCGUACAUUAUCCUAAGGAUGCGGCGAUUCAACCCCAAUCAUCUCGCGAGGAUAUCGCAUGUUUGCAUGAAGCCCCGGAGGGUACCACCAGUCUGGGGAAGCGCGGGCGGGCAGAUGCGCGGUCGGGCGACGGGGCGCAAUUGAACACGACGGAUAGGCGUCGGCUCCGGCGACUUAUGGAGCGGGUGGACAUACACGUUCGAUUCGGCGUGCAUGGUGGAUUUAGCCCAUAUGUGCCUGACGACACCCCUCUGCCCAAGUGGGAGAAGAAGCCCAUCGAUUUCCAUCAGGCCUUGGUGGACAAACGCCUGUGGGCGACAUUGACAUGGGAGAUAUCGGUCACGAUGUUCCGCCUCGAGCUAUUGGCACUCGACCAGGAGGUGGUACCAGACUUGUACAAUCUGGCCAAGACCAAGCUCCGUCGUCCGCGCCACUUCGACAUCAUGAGCAUAUGGAACGACGAGUGCAGAGUGUGGGAAGAACCAGGGAAGGAUUCCCAGGACUGGCUUACCUCGCCAGAGUGGAGAGUGCGGCGGGCAGCCAUCGGUCGAAUGCUGUUCGCGCUAGAGGCUUGGCCGAUUGAGGAGCCCCGUCUCCCACGGUGGGAUGAGCGCAAAGAGCGGCAGGACACGUUUGCAGAACUUGAGAAGGAGGUAGUAUUGUACUACUGCCGACGUUUCUAUUCCCUUCGAGGGCGAUCCCCGACAUUUCCACUCAUGCGACCUUAUUGGCUUCCCCCCACCAAAACCGUCCUAUAUUAG